UCCACAUCAGUUUCCAUCAGCUGCCCAUAAACCAAAUUUUCCAACCUUCAUUUCUUCUUGAUCCAGUUGUCACGAAAGCAGAAAAUGGCAGCCACGAACUCAAGUGUAUUGGCAUGCAACUAUGCCGUAUCCGGUGCCGAACUCAAAGCAAAGGUUUCAUCUGUGCCUAAUGUAGCUUUUUCUCCUGCACCGGUUCGAAAGUUGCCGGUGAUCAGGGCCGGGUGGAUCUCCGACUCGAAAGAAUCAUCCAGAAGAGCUGCAAUUCUUGGCCUUGGAGCUGCCCUCGUCUCUGGUGUUGUUUUUACAUCCUCUGCAAAUGCUGGCAUCAUUGAAGAUUAUAUUGAAAAGAGCAAGGCCAACAAGGAAUUGAAUGACAAGAAGAGGCUGGCUACAAGUGGUGCGAACUUUGCCCGAGCUUUCACAGUUCAGUUUGGGUCAUGCAAAUUCCCAGAAAACUUCACUGGCUGCCAAGAUCUAGCCAAGCAAAAGAAAGUACCAUAUAUUUCUGAGGACUUGGAGUUGGAGUGCCAAGGGAAGGACAAAUACAAGUGUGGUUCCAAUGUGUUCUGGAAAUGGUGAAAUGUUUUAAUUUUUAUCUCAAAUGGAUAUUUAUCAUGUAUCUAUUUUUCCACUUGCAACUUCUAAACUGAAACAGUUGCCUCGAAUUUCUCUACUCUAUUUGCUUUGAUUUUUCUUCUU